AUGACUUUUUUGUAAAUUUUAUUAAUCAUAUUAAUUAUUUCAAAAUUUUCACAUAAUCAACAUAAUCACUAGUUUUAUUAAAAGGCUGGAUUUAACAGAUUAGCAUCAAUAACAUUUAUUAUCCUUCCAAUGAUAGUAGAAAUAAUAUUCAAUUAGGCAGGUCUCAUGUGGAUCCUAUUUUAUGCAUCGCACUUGUAAAUUUAAUUCAUUUCGGCGAUUACAUCCUAAUCCUGUUAAAUAACAUUUUACAACUGUCAGAUCCAAAACCUCGGGUAAAUUCUUAGCAUUUCCCAUCUUUAACAAAACAAAGCUCAUCUCUUCCAUGCAAAUAUGGAGAUACUUGUUACUCAGUGCAUUUUGGAAGGUAAGACGUAUCCUAAAAAUUCUUAUGUUCAUAGUCAUUAUUACAGCCAGGAGGAUCCUGCAAAACCUACCAGAAACUAUUUCUUAAUAAAGUGAACAACUUUUGAUUUGACUGCACCUUUUAAUUUUCUUGUACCAGAUACAUCCGCUUGCGAUAGAUCUGAUUACUCCUCAAAACUAGAAAGUGAUUUGCAUUUUCAUUAUUCUAUUAUUUUAGGAAGGUUAUUAAAUUUUGAGUGGAAGCCUUUUUGCUUAGCUUAGGUUUAGUCCAUUUAGUAUCUCUACUCUUUUCUUUGGCUCAUCGGUAACUUUAUAGCAUCAUAAGAUUGCAGAUGAUAGCAAACAAA